AUGUAUAGCACAUUAGAACCGCCUGUCAUCAUGUAUAGCACAUUAGAACCGCCUAUCAUCAUGUAUAACACAUUAGAACCGCCUAUCAUCAUGUAUAGCACAUUAGAACCGCCUGUCAUCAUGUAUAGCACAUUAGAACCGCCUAUCAUCAUGUAUAGCACAUUAGAACCGCUUAUCAUCAUGUAUAGCACAUUUGAACCCCCUAUCAUCAUGUAUAACACAUUAGAACCGCCUAUCAUCAUGUAUAGCACAUUAGAACCGCCUAUCAUCAUGUAUAACACAUUAGAACCGCCUAUCAUCAUGUAUAGCACAUUAGAACCUUCCGUUAUCAAGUAUAACACAUCAGAACCACCUACUCUGGUGCAUAACACAGUUGUUGUUGUUUAA